AUGAGUGAAUCAAGCGAGGCGUUGAAGGCAGCCAAGAUACAGCGUCCAUCCGCAAAGGCUGCGUUGACAAGACUGGGAAAAGCGCUGAAUCAUCUGUGCGAGAACGAAAGACCGGCUGAAGAGGUAAGCGAUUACCUCAUUAAAGUAGAACAAGCCUUUGAUAACGUGGUUUCAAAACACGAGCUAUAUGCAAAUUUAAUUGACCAAGAUGAAGAGUUUGAACAGGAAGAACAGUGGUUGGAUGAAUGUCAAACAUUCUUCUUAAAACUUGAUAUCGAUGCAAAGUGUUAUAUAGAAAAUGUUUCUGCGAAAAUUAGCAAAAGUAGCCUUGAGAAAAACCCGCAAAAUUCCUUAGGAAUGAUUGGAAUGCAAAACACACCGAGCGCAAGUAAUACGAGCCCUGAAAUUUCCGAGCCAUGUAUCAGCAAUGAAAACAAUGUGAUUGACAUUUCGACGCCCCAGGAAAAUCCUAGCAUUAAUGACGAAGUUUCUAUCGAAUCGGUCAGCAUCCCACCUGAGUUUCUACAAAAUAAUCUUGAACAAAACGCAAGCCAAAGCGAGUCCCAACCAGAAGUUAGUAGUGAAGCAGGACCUGCUUAUAAUUCAACCCCAUGUGGUUUCCUAAUGGAAAAACCAAAUUGCCCAAAUUUUGUGGUGACGUGCGGGAAUAUGCAAUUUUUCGCGCAGAUUUCAAGCACGCGAUCGAAUCAAGAUAUUCGAAAAGAGACGCGAUAUCAUUGCUACGUACUUGUCUGAAAGAAAAGCCGCUUGAGCUAAUAAAGGGAAUUGGUUCCGACUAUGACGCGGCAUGGGAAUAUUUAGAUUCAAUAUACGGGGACCCGCGGUUUGUUUCUGACACCAUUACUCAGGACAUAGCAAAAUUUAAACCGUUAGAAGAAGGCGAAGAUGUGCGUUUCUGCGACCUUGUUCAUUUGGUGAGACGUAGCUAUAACACGCUAAAAGAGGUUGGCGUUCCGAGCGACAUGGACAACAGCCACAUGCUAUCAAUAAUUGAACAAAAGAUUUGCCCAGAUGAUCGAAAAGUUUGGUCAAGAGAUUUAGAAAGAGAGCGAAAACCAGCAACACUGAAUGCUUUGAUGACGUGGAUAACGUGCGAGAUGAAGUCGCGCAUGCGUGCGACAGCUCCAGUUAGAAGUGGUUUAACAAAUCGACGCAAAAUCAAUCGCUUGCACGGCGAAAUCGAAGGCGGGAAUAAGAGUGGAAACAAGUGUUCGCUGUGUAACAACUCAAGUCAUUGGCCAGACCAGUGUCAGAAGAUUGCAGCAAUGAGUGUUGAAGAGCGACUCGUGGUGGCGAAACAGAAUCACGUUUGUUUCAGCUGCUUAAAGAAAGCGGGUUCGAGAUAA